CGUUAAAGAAAAAAAACAGACCUUGGUACUCUCGCAGUACCUGAAUUUUUCCCCUCGUUCGUCCCACGAGUACGGCGGCCACCUGUUGAAGCAAGCAGAGGAACAGCGUUUGCGAACACAAACUCGUCACCGCUCGAACGACUCAUACGGCCGAGACAGAGACCGGCGACCGUUCGACGAUGGACUGGACUGCGCUGAACUGAUCCAAUCUAAUUUUACUCCGAUUCUCUACUCUCUCAAAUAUGGUUGGCCCAGCGGUGAAGGGAGUGAUAGUGGAUGGUUCUGUACUAUUUUUCAAUUCUAAUGGUGACAAUCGCAAGCGUUCAUUACGACCCGCUGCCGAUCCUCUCCUCCGCCAGCUCCGGUAUUCCAUGUUUCGAACGGGAAUUUCUUCCAGGCUGGAUUUUUCAGAUUGUAAGGAUAUUAUCAAAAAGAAAGCAGAGUCACACUCAAUCGACUGCUUCUCCUUGAAUGCAUUUUUGACGGAGGAUGAUAUUAAUAAAAUCAUGCUAUCUUGGGGGGACAUUCGCAACUCUAUCUUGUAUGUCAUUUCAAGUGAGAAGAAGGAUGAUAUUAAUAAACUUAUUGAUCAUGGCUGGCUCGUUGUUGUUUUGAAUGUUCAAGAUGACAUUGCAUGUGAAAAUUUGGGCAUGAUUUGUAUAAGCAAGCUAGAAGAGUUGCCUUUGAGUAUUUGUCGCUUAAAUAGAAAGGCAGUUGACUGUAGCCUCCUAGUGAUUGGUUAUACAAUGAAGCCUUCACGUGAACUUGAUUUUGCUAAGAGGGGUGCCUUCCCUCUGUAUCCUACCGAGAAUGGGUUGAUUUUCAUGCCCCUGACAUUUGAACUCCCUUUACCAUCUCAAUUGCCUGAGGUUGACGUGAUUCUCCAUAAAGCCACAGAUGAAAUUCUAUUUGUUGAGCUUAGCAACUUUUCAGAUCUCUCUAACAAAGUAACCUACUCCAGUAGAAUGCAGGAGUUGCAAAGGUACAUUGAAGUCCACUCAGAUUUAUGUGUAGUCGACCCACUUAACAAUAUACAACCUGUACUGGAUCGGUUAGAAAUUCAACAGAUUCUUCUCAGGCUGGAGGAGGCUCUAAAAUCUGAAGGCUGUAUGAUCAGGGGUCCUCAUUUUCUCAAGGUUGGUAAUUUUAAUGAGGCUAACUUGGUGCAAAACCUAUCUGAAGCUAAACUAUCUCUUCCUUGUAUAGUGAAGCCGCAAGUUGCUUGUGGAGUUUCUGAUGCUCACAAAAUGGCAAUCAUCUUUAAAGUUGAAGAUCUCAAGAACUUGAAUGUUCCUCUUCCAGCUAUUAUUCAGGAAUACGUGGAUCAUUCAUCGACUCUCUACAAAUUUUAUGUACUAGGUGAAAAGAUUUUUUAUGCCGUUAAGAAGUCUACACCAAACAUAAGUACAUUGAUCAACUUAAACCAAAGUGAUAAACUUGGACCAUUGGUGUUCGACAGCUUGAAAUCUCUUCCCAUUGCCGAUGGAAGCCAACAAUUAGAAGGCAAAAAAGACAAGGACAUCAAUCUUGAGCUAAUCCAAAACUCUGCAAAUUGGCUUAGGAGGGUACUUGAUCUUUCUAUCUUUGGGUUCGAUGUUGUUGUUGAAGACGAGAGUGGUGAUCAUGUGAUUGUGGAUGUCAACUAUCUGCCCUCUUUCAAGGAGGUUCCUGAUGGCAUUGCAAUACCUGCUUUCUGGGAAGCCAUCAAGAACAAGUAUGACAACUUCAAAAAGGCAACUAAGCAGUAACUCUUACUAACUUUUCUUUGGCUCUUGUUCUUGUGGGCCAAUUCUAUUUCUAUCAAUAAAAUUUAACUAGUUCUGCGAUGCUAUUUCUGGCGUAGUUUAUUAAAUUAAGUGAUAAAUUUCAACGGUGCUCCUCAAAAAUGGCCUCUGCCUCUUUCAGUAUGGAUAGAUAGAUACAAAAUCAAGGCUAUGAAGGGUGCAUUAAAAGUAUUUUUGAAAUUCAAAAAUACUUGUAGAAUGCUUUCGUCCCAAAUGCUUAAUCG